CCACGACUCGAGUACGACAGGAGACGACACGACGCGACACUCACUUGCUCCAGUCUCCGGAACUCUCGCCAUGCUCCCGGCUCUUGCCGCCGCCUCGCCGUCGCAGCACGCCUCUCUAGCAUCCUCCCACCUCCGGCGCCACCACCGACACCACCACGGUGUCUAUCUCCACCUCCGCCGCCUCCCUGUCUUAACCGGUGCCCGCAGUCGCCUACUCCUGGCCUGCGCAUUCGACUCUGCUGAUGGUGGUGCGGGACAGGAUGUUGGUAGUUCUGAGAGCACUUCAAGUUCAGGAUCUGCAUAUGUUGGUCUCUUUGUCCGAAUGCUUGGCCUGGAUAGUGACCCUCAUGAUAGGGAGCAUGCUGUUUGCACACUCCGGCAUUAUUCCCUUGGCGGGCAGAAGUGUGUUGAUGAGAUAAUGCAGUUCCCAGGUUGCAUCAGCCUCAUCACCAGCCUUCUGAAGUCAGAGUCUGCUCGUGCCUGUGAAGCAGCGGCAGGUCUUUUGCAUAAUGUAACUUCAGUGAAGUUAUACAGGGAUGUGGCAAUUGAGAGUGGAACAAUGGAAGAAAUCUUUAGCUGUCUUCGUAAAUCUACCAUGACCCCAGAGAUGAAGGAGCAGUGUUUGUGUACCAUUUGGAACUUCUCUACCGAUGAAAAUUUGAGGUAUAAGAUUUUUAGGAGUGACAUGCUAAUACUUAUUGUUAGGUUUCUAGAAGAUGAAGAUUUUAAAGUCAAAGAGGCUGCUGCUGGUAUCAUAUCAAAUUUAUGUUUAAGUCAUUCUUAUCAUGGAGUUCUGGUGGAAGCAGGCGUAAUUCCAAAAUUGGUUCAUCUUUUGCAAACUAAAGGAGAUGAUUACAAAAUUAUCAGAAAGGAAGCGAGAAGUUCGCUUGUGGAACUAUCUGCGGAUGAUGAUUACCAUGCCCUUAUAGUAGAGGAGGGUCUAAUACGGGUUCCUCUGGUUGGUUCAUCUGCAUAUAACACCUUCAAACCUCAACCUUAUUCAUGGCCCUCUUUUCCUGAUGGCUCUGAAAUUCAGAGGAGUUCUCGCCCUUCAAAAUAUGGGGCCACUGAAUUGCUUCUUGGCCUAAGUGUUAAUGAAAAGAAAACAGAACCAGAUGAUGCUAAGAUUAAUGCUAUGAUAGGGCGUUCUAAUCAGCAAUUUCUUGCCCGUGUUGGAGCUAUCGAGUUGGAUGAUGAGGGGAAAGAACAAUCUGGAUCUCAAAGGAAUACCAUUUUACCUUGGGUAGAUGGCGUUGCGCGGCUAGUUUUAAUCAUUGGUCUUGAAGAUGCCUCUGCAAUUGCAAAGGCUGCUAAAGCAAUAGGUGAUGCAUCAAUAAAUGAACACAUGCGCACAUCAUUCAAGGAAGCUGGGGCAGUCAAAGCCUUACUUCAGUUGCUGAUGCAUAGUGACUUACCUGUUAGAGAAAUGACUGCUUAUGCAUUGGAAAAACUAAGUCUCAGUUCCAAAGUUUGUGAGAUGAUCAGAGCCGAAGAUGGUCUAGAACUGCUUGUAAGCUUAGUGAAGGAUCCAAAUACCCAAGUAGAACAACUGGAGAAGAUAAUCGAUAUACUUUCUCGAAUAUUUGACAUGGGGAUCAGCAUGAUAACCACACCUGAUUACUCUAGUAAUGGGUCUGAGGAUACAGUGAAUGCUGAGAGGUUCACUCAAGGUAAUGUAGAUGGUGGAUUCAAUGGAAGUUCUCAGAAAUUCAUGAAACAAGAGGAGACGGCUAGCGAGUCAAUCAUCGACUUUGAUGUCAUCUCACGCUUAAACAAAGUUAUCAAGGAGUCAUCUCCAAGCUUGCAAGCAAAAUGUGCUACUGUCAUGGAGCAUUUUGCAACUUCUGAGCAACAUGCCACUGCCAUGACCGCUGCUUGUACUGGAUCUGUAAUUGAAUCUGUUCUGGAAAUAGGGGUUAUUCAAGUAAUUCUCUGCUAUAUAACAGGGAAUGCAGGCGAUCCUGAAAAUCUUGAUGAGUCUCCUACUCUUGUGAUUGAAGUCAGUCAGGCUGUGGUCGCAACUGUGAGGUUACUCACAAAGUUAUUGAACUUUGAUAUUUUUGCUCGCAGCAUAAAUACUGUAAAAUUUGUUGCCCUGUUAAGAAGAAUCCUUAAGUCCAAUGUUCCCCUACAGUCAAAGGAUUGGAUUGCAGCAUGCCUCUUCAAGCUGGAACCACGGGCUAGCUUGGUUGAUCGGAGUGUUGGUAGUAUAGACAUGGAGAUAACUAUCUACCACACCAUUCCCAGGCUCGUUGAGCAGAUGAUGACCUCAUCGUCUUUUGAAAAUAAAAUAAAAGCUGUAAUAGAGCUGAACAGUAUAAUAUCUGGUGGUGUGAUGGAAUACACAAGAGCAGUUGCCACAGCUGGAGGCAUAUUUCCACUGGUAAAAAUGAUUGAAGAGAGUGAAGGAGAUGUAUUGGAAGAUGGUCUAGCUGUCUUGUAUAAUCUAAGCAUGGAUCCAGAGAAUCACCCAGCAAUAAUUGCUGCUGGAGCAGUACCUUUAUUGAAGCGGAUUGUUCGCUUGGAAAGCCCACACUGGAAUCGAGCUCUUCAGUUGCUGAGAACAUUGCCUGUAUGACGUCAUGACAGCAAAUCAAUACACUUUAAACUGUGGUUAUUGCGCUGAUAGGUAUGUUGUUGAGUUCUUGACAUGUCUGCCAACUGUUUUAUCCAAAUGGCUGGUCGCUGCUGCAAGAAUGUAGCUACAGUUAAACAGCAAAAGAGCCCAUUAAGUUGCUGUUUCUCUUUCUCGAACACCAUUUGGUUACUGUUUGACCUACGGGAUACUCCAUCUUGGUAUCCUUGAAUAUCUUUCGUAAA